CAACCACCUCCACCACUACCACCCAAAUGGCCUCCUUAUCCCUUCUCUCCCCUCUACACAAAGCCUCUCCCAAUCUUAUCAUGCCCCCCCCUAAGCCCCUUAAAUUGCGUUUCCCCUCCUCCCUCUCCAUCAGAGCCCAAGCUGUUCCUGCUCUCACCCAGGAUGACUUAAAGAAGCUCGCCGCUGACAAGGCUGUUGACUAUGUCAAAUCCGGCAUGGUUCUUGGCCUCGGUACCGGCUCCACCGCCGCUUUCGUUGUCGACAAGCUAGGCCUCCUCCUUAAAACCGGCCAAUUAACUGACAUCAUUGGAAUCCCAACGUCUAAACGCACCGAAGAGCAAGCGAGAUCGCUCAACAUCCCUCUCACUACACUUGAUGAACACCCAGUUCUUGACUUGGCCAUUGACGGGGCUGACGAGGUUGACCCUGAUCUUAACCUCGUAAAGGGCCGCGGUGGAGCCCUUUUGCGUGAGAAAAUGGUGGAAGCUGCUUCGAAGAAUUUUGUUGUUGUUGUUGAUGAGACAAAGUUAGUUAGUGGACUUGGCGGGAGUAAACUGGCAAUGCCAGUUGAAGUGGUUCAGUUUUGCUGGAAAUAUAAUUUGGUUAGGCUUCAGGAGAUGUUUAAAGAACUGGGUACUGAAGCGAAGUUGAGAUUGACUCCAGAAGGGAAGCCUUAUGUAACUGAUAAUUUUAAUUACAUUUUGGAUUUGUAUUUUGAGACGCCAAUAAGGGACGGGGUUGCUGCUGGGGAGGAGAUUGGGAAGCUCGAGGGAGUUGUGGAACAUGGAUUGUUUUUGAAUAUGGCAACUGCUGUCAUUAUUGCUGGGAGGAAUGGAGUUGAAGUGAAGAACAAGUGACGCUGAUGGUGAUGGUGAGGACUUCAAAAUCUGGUCUUUAUGCAUGAUCUUGUCUCUUCUUCUUCUUGUUCAGUAUUAUGACUAUGAUGGGUUUGGGAAUUUUUUUUGGUUCUCAAAUUGUUAGAUUGGGAAGUUCGGAUUAUUAUAAAUUUCCCUUCUUCAGUGUCAAAUUGGGAUAUGUGCAAUAAUUGAAGACAAACUGGUUUAAUGGAUAUUACUUCUAGUAAUGAAUGAUGAAGUUGUUUCAUCAAUUCAAUUUUCUUAACUAAAUGUGUAAUGAGAAAAUAAUAUUUCUUCUGUUGA